AACGACGAUGGCUUCCAUAAACUUCUAUCUCCGAUACUUUGCUAUCUUUUUAUUUGUAUCAAAGCUGUCAUAUGGUUAUCAGUCGUUGCAACGUGUGACAGAAAGAUUAGAUGUUGUGGAAGGAGAGCUUAAGGAAAUCAGUCAAGAUCUCAAAGAAGCACUGAGACGAGAGAGUAGAUACAGACGUGAGGACAUUAAAGCAAUAUACGAAGUGCUAAAGCAAUUACAGGGAGCAAAUGCUUCAGGUUCUGUUGCAGAUAUACGAGGACAUGAAGAAGUAAACAAGUGUAAAUCUUGUACUGAAGAAGAAACAUCAUCAAAAGACAACUCCUUAGUGUUACUGUUGACGGCUUUUAAGCGGGAAAAACAAAUAAAUACACAUUUGCGAAACGAACUUAUAAACAUUCAAAACAAUCUUGAAGAGAAAAUGGCAAACUUGUCAGAAGAAACUGUAAAUAAUGUUGCAGAAGAAAUAUCUACUCUUCUUACAUUUAGAAAUCGUUUGAACGACAAUGUUACAGUAAUAGUACGUAGUAUUGAAGAAAGACUUAUGUCACAACUAGACCAAGAGAGGACGUCAAUAUGGACAACGAUUUCUGAAGUUAAUGCGGACUUAUCGGCGAUAAAUGAUUCAUUUAUUGAUGAAAUUGGGCGAUGUUUUGAAUACCUUUCUAAUCAGACAACGACACUAAACAAUCUGAGUUCAAAGGUCAUCCACACACCUACAUCAUGUGAUCAAGUGAUGUCAAACAAAGGCCAAGUACAUGAUAUCAACUUGAAAGAAAUCAAUCAAACGAUUCCAGUGUUCUGUGACGUGGAUAUAGACGGCGGUAGAUGGAUUGUAUUUCAGAGAAGGAAAUACGGUUCAGAAGAUUUCGACCGUGCAUGGGAAGAUUACAAACUUGGAUUUGGGGACCUGAAGAAUGACUUCUGGUGGGGCAAUGAAAAACUGCAUCUUAUGACAAGGGGGAAAUCGAGGGAGCUCCGCAUUGAUUUGGAGGAUUUCGAUGGAAACAAAGCCUUCGCCAAGUAUUCAUCGUUUCGAAUUCUUUCCGAGGAACAUAACUAUAAGCUUGAAGUGGAUGGAUAUAGCGGUUCGGCAGGAGAUGCGUUGAACUACGAUUCAUAUAUUCAUAAUGGACAGGAGUUUUCUACACGUGACAGAGAUAAUGAUGAAUGGGAAAGAAAUUGUGCGGCCACAUAUCAAGGAGGAUGGUGGUUCUCUGCGUGUUUCCGUGCUAAUUUAAAUGGAAACUAUUUUGAAAAGAGGCAGACCAAAGACAGUUGGCAAGGUAUACUCUGGUAUCCAUUCAGCAUAAAGUCGUCCCUGAAAUUUGCUGAAAUGAAGUUCCGAUGAAAGCAGCGACACAGUUCAUUGCACUUUAAAAUCAUUUCUAGUAAUAGCUUGUUUGUACAUAGUUGCACUUAUUCUGGAUGAUUGUAUUCAUUUUCGGUAUAAAAGGCAAUGUACGGAUGUCAAUCGAUUGGUUGCAAAACAGUCAAACUUUCGCAGUUCGUUGUUACACCUUAAUUAGAGUGAAAUAAAACUCCAAAGUGAAUACAAAUGUCGGGCAGAUAACUGUUGCCAGACAUAUUUGUUUGCAUAUAUGCACGCUAAUCAACCUAUAUUAAUAUAUUCUUGUUUUGUAAAUCGACAUUUAUAUGCUAUACAAUAUUGAUUGUAAGCUAACUACCGGCAUCAAAGAAACAAAAUAUCGAACCGACAUACCAAACGCAAUUUUGCUUCUUUCAGUCUCUUAUACACAAAACAAAACUGAUAUGUACUCCGGCAACAUUUUUCACUAUAACUUUUCUUUCGCUGAUUUUAUUUUUACGGAAUAUGAAUGAAAGUGAAAGAAGAUAAAAAAAUUGAACAUGUAAUGUAUUUAAUGGUUUUAUUAUAACAACUUUAAACAUAAUAUUACACAUUACGUAAUCUGUUAACAACUGAGCAACAUGCACACGAUAUCAUGAUUUUUUUUUCGAUUUUUUUCUUUUUCAAUAUCUCGGAUGCCCACCGUUUGCGCGAAAAUAAUAAAUAAAAGAUAAAAUAAAUUA